AUGUCGUCAAAAUUUCGAUUAUUUUGGUCGAGUUGCGCAGCGUUAAGAUUAUACGGAAGUCAUCAUGUGAACCCGCGUGGGAAUUUCAAAUUCGUCGGUCGCCAGCUCUUCGUGCCCAACAACGCACUGCGGAGAAACUUUCAUUUGUCGUCGACCUGUUGGCGGACCAUAAGCGGUACGGGACCGGCGGCCGGCGGAUACCAGACAGGUAUACUUUGCCCGAGGUGCGGCAACACCAUUUUAGAGUUCUUUUUGACCACCGACAAGUUUGUGAGAUGCCAGAAGUGUUUUCACGUUUUCAAAACGAUAACCGCCAAAGAGAUGCAAUACAGAAUUCGCUCGGAGGCCGCCGAGGCCGAUAAAAAGAAACACAAACUGACGCCAAAAGAAAUAGCCGACCACUUGGACAAAUACGUGAUCGGACAGAAACUGGCCAAGAAAGUGUUGUCCGUGGCCGUGUACAACCACUGUAAACGGAUUUCGCACAGCGCCGAGGCGCAGAGCGGCAAGCGCGAUGCCGUCGUCCGGCACAUGGACGACGUGUGGAAUUCCCGGGAGUUCUUCCCGGUCAACCACGCGCUGGACGCGCCGCACUUGAACGCCGCGGACAAGGGCGACGAAGACGACAAGUUCUCGGCGAUGUUCAAGAACACCACGUUGGACAAGAGCAACAUCAUGCUGAUCGGGCCCACGGGGAGCGGCAAAACACUGUUGGCGCAGUCCGUCGCCAAGCACUUGGACGUGCCGUUCGCCAUAUGCGACUGUACCAAUUUGACGCAGGCCGGUUACGUGGGCGAAGACAUCGAGAGCGUGAUCGCGAAACUGUUGAAGUCGGCCAACUCGGACGUGAACAAGGCGCAGACGGGAAUCGUGUUCCUGGACGAGAUCGACAAAAUCUUCGCCGCGUCCGGGCACCACCAGUGGAGAGACGUCAGCGGCCAAGGCGUCCAGCAGGCCAUGUUGAAGAUGCUCGAAGGCACGGUGAUGAACGUGACCGACAAGAGCAGCCGAAGAGCCCGUGCCGAAACCAUGUCGGUGGACACGACCAACAUACUGUUCGUGGCGUCCGGCGCGUUCACCGGGCUCGACAAGCUCAUCGGUCGCCGCACCCAGACGAAUAGCUUCGGCUUCGCCGGCCGUCGACAACAGCCGACCGACGGGGAUCUUACGUUAUCGUCAUCGUCGUCGUCGUCGCCGUCGUCCGACAGGUCGGACGUGGAAAAACAAAACGCCGAAAGAGACGAGUUGCUGAAGAAAGUCACUCCCCGCGACCUCGUCCAGUUCGGCAUGAUCCCCGAGUUUGUGGGCAGGUUCCCGGUGCUGGUGCCGUUCCACUCGCUCAACCGAAAAUUGCUCGUUGAAAUUCUGACCGAACCGAAGAACAGCACGAUCAAACAGUUCCAACUGCUGUUCGGCAUGGACAAAGUCGACCUGACGUUCACCGAAGACGCGCUGCUGGCGAUCGCCGAACAGGCGCUGGAAAGAAACACCGGCGCCCGCGGGUUACGGUCCAUCGUCGAAUCCAUCCUGUUGGAUCCCAUGUACGAGUUGCCCGGGUCGGACGUGGUCAGCGUUCGUAUCACGGCCGAAAUGGUCACCGGGAAAAACCGCUUUCGUUACAUGCGUGGUGAUCGUCUGACCGACGACGACGAGACCAAAAGCCAAAAACCUAGUGUGACCUGCUCAAACGCCGAUAAACCACAAAAUUGA